GGGAAAUUCUCCCUGUAUGAUGACAGAGACAAACAAAUCUUCAAUGUGAGUAUUAGAGAUGUAACUAAGCAGGACUCUGAAUACUGGUGUGGAGCUGAAAAAGCCUGGACAUCUGAUCAUGGAUACAAGGUUUAUUUCAUGCGGAUCAACCUGACAGUCACUGAUCCAUAUAUCCCAGUUUCAACCUCACAACCUCAAAACUGCCCUUCAUCAUCAUCAUCAACAUCAUCAUCUUCAUCAUCAUCAACAUCAUCAUCAUCAACAUCAUCUUCAUCAUCAUCAUCAUCAUCAUCAUCAUCAUCAUCAUCAUCAUCAUCAUCAUCAUCAUCAACUUCAUCCCCACUUCUUCGUCUCACAGAUAAAAACAAAUCCUGGACUACUCCAGCUUCUCCUCCAGCAGGAUUUCCAGCUUCCACUGUGAUCACUGUCUGUGUAAUUCUGCUGCUUCUGAUUGGAACCAUAAUCGUCUUUGUGGCUCUACAAAAAAGACAAAAGUUGCAAGCAGAUUCAGCCUCUACUACUUCUGGCCAAGACCCAGGAAACCAAGUGGUUCCUCGUGAUAUCUGUGAAUAUGAAGAGAAAAAAGACAGCAGACGACUUUCUACCUCAGAUGUUGGAAAUUCCACAAUUUACUCUACAGCUGAACUACCCACAAUCCCCUCUGAUAAUCACACGGUUUAUGCAAAUUCAAAGUUACCCACAAGCCCCUACGAUUCUGCUGUUUACCCUACUGCUCAACUGCCCACAAUCCGCUCUGAUCAGGACAGCUACUCUACAGCUCAGUUACCUACACGUCUCUCGGCUGCAGAAUCUGAUGAAGGUCUGAAUUACACAUCAGUGAGUUUUCAUGCCAAAUCCACCAGCUCUAAUGAUGCAGCUGCAAAGAUUAUCUUUAAGAAGACAGAGGUCUUGUGUGACUACGAUUCACUUAGUCAUGUUACUUCAUCUGUCUAGUUUCUUAUCAUUAUUACACCAAGUAUGUGUUGGUGGAAUAUAACUGUGUCUAUUACUUUGUUCUUACCUUUUUUUUUUUUAUUAAGAUGCUCUUGGUCAUUUCCCUUAACCAGUGAGUAUGAAAGCUUACGACUUGACUGUGGCCAUCUGUUAAAAUUUUAUUAAAAUGGCUGUUAUUAGAGAAAUGUGUUAGAGAAAUGUGGUUGAACUGUUAAGAGAGGCUAUCACAAUUUAUUUCUGCUGUAGGCUACUGUCUAGUGAUUUUUUUGAGAAUUCCCAUCAUAAACAGUUGAGAGACAGUUAAAGCAUGGAAUUAGUACCAUGUUACUGAAAGGUGACAGUGCCUCUCUCCGACCCAGCACACACAUCCUCAUAGUGUGUCAAUUGGCUUGGUUUGCUUAAAGAGUCAUAACUUUAUUGUGUUUAUUGCAUUUCCCAAAUUCUUUCUUGAAGAUCAGUUUAACUGCCCUGUUUGUCUCGAUUUGCCCAAUGAGCCCAUGACGAUUCUGUGCAGGACACAGCCCUGCUCAUGCUCAAGUAUGUCUUUCACUUGCAAGGCCUCCCACAAAACUUUGUAUCCGAUCAUGGUCCUCAGUUCACCUCUAACUUCUGGAGAGAGUUUUGACAGCUCCUGGGGUCACCAUCAGCCUGUUCUCUGAGUUCCAUCCUCAGUCUAAUCGACAAACUGAAAAACGAAGUCAUCGGAAAAUGGAGGCUUCGGUUCCCUCAGCCCUUGCCCUGUUCAAGUGUUGCUGACAAGUCUGGAAAAAAGCUUGUGUGGUCCCACUCAGUGCUUCUAGGAGCUACGCCUGGUGGUCCAAUAACAAGCGCUGUCUGGUACCCUCGUAUCGUGUCAGUCAGAGGGUCUGGCUAUCCAUCAGAGACCUGCCGCUUAAGGUGGCCUGCAGGAAACUUACCCCACGCUUUGUUGGGCCUUUUCCCAACUCCAAAAUGCUCAAUCCAGUGGCGGUCUGACUCAAGUUCCCCAGAGUCCUACGUAUUUACCAUAGAUUCCGUGUCUCCAGACCGAAACCAGUUCAAGCCUGUCUCCUCAUCACCCAGUUCCAUCGUGACCAUCCUAACCAGCCAGGAGGGAUGUCAUGAGACAUGGUUUCUGUGUUUUUGCCUGCCCUGUAUUACCGUGCCUGCCUCUGUACCAGAUUAUUGGACAAUUUUUCAGUCUGUGUUUUUGCCUGCCCUGUAUUACCCUGCCAGCCUGUGUACCGGAUUAUUGGACUGUUUUUCACUCUGUGCGUUUGCCUGCCUUGCCUAAUUAUUUUGUCAAGCUCAUUAAAGACUUUUAUUAUUUA